CCAUCAUGGAUUUGGAAUCGCGUGGGCCCGAAUCCAAGCGCCUCAUCGACAACCAAUACGAUCCCGAGGGCGCUCGCUCCAAGUUCUGGUCGUCCAAGCGUCUGCUCCUGGCGCUGCUCGCCGUGGUCCUCGUCGUGGUCAUCGUGACCGUCUCGGUCGUGGUGACACAGGACGACAAUGUGAACGACCACAACCCACCGCCAGUCUGGUCGGACAUCCGCCUGCCAGCUAGCAUUACCCCUUCCUUGUAUGAACUCACCGUGCAACCGGAUCUCGUCAACGAGCCAUUCUCCUUCCAGGGCACUGUCGUCAUCCAUCUGCAUCUCGCUGCAGCGACAACAGACAUUGUCGUGCACAUGGUCAAUAUCAACAUUGAUGCGGCUGCGCUGCGCGUGGCGAGUGCUCAGGACUGGCGUGAGCCUGACGACAUUGUCAUCAACCAUGUGCAAGAGUAUGUCGUUUUCCGCUUCUUCCAACCCGAAAAGCUGCAGCCCGGCGACUACCAGCUGCGCAUCGACUACAACGGCCUGCUCGGACAAGACUUGCUCGGCUUUUACAACUCGAGCUAUGUUGAUGCUGAUGGCGUCACCCAUAAUAUUGCUACCACCAAGUUUGAGCCGACCUACGCUCGCCGCGCCUUCCCCUGCCUCGACGAGCCCGCAAUGAAGGCUUCGUACAUUGUCAACAGCAUUGCCAACAUUACCCUGACGCCGACCGUGCUGUCAAACAUGCCCGAGGCGAGCCGCAAGCAGAUCAACGGCGACAUUUAUCAAAUCACCUUCCAGCCGUCUCUCGCCAUGUCGACCUAUCUUGUCGCGUUCAUUUUCUGCGAUUUUGUGGGCACGUCUCUUCCUUUCCACGGCGGAGCCAAGAACGUCACCGUGUGGACUCGCCCAGAUGCUCAAGCCCAAGGCCUCUUUUCGCUUCAGGUUGCCCAGAACUGCACCGACUUUUACGAAUCGUACUUUGAGAUUGACUUCCCUCUGCCAAAGAUGGACCUGAUUGGCAUUCCGGAUUUCAUCAGCGGCGCCAUGGAGAACUGGGGCCUGAUCACCUUCCGCGAAACCUCCUUCUUGAUUGACGACAGCCAGUCCUCGGCUUCCGACAAGCAGCGCACAGCUCUGACUGUCUGCCACGAGUUGGCUCAUCAGUGGUUUGGAGAUCUCGUCACAAUGCGUUGGUGGAACGACCUCUGGCUGAACGAGGGCUUUGCGUCCUUCCUCGAAUACCACGGUGUUGAUCACGCCUUCCCCGACUGGCAAAUGAACGAUCAGUUCGUCACGGCCGACAUGCUCAACGCCUUCGAUGCCGACUCUCUCCCCGUCACUCACGCCAUCAGUGUCAACAUUACCAACCCCGCCCAGAUUAACUCGCUCUUUGACUCUAUUUCGUACGACAAGGGUGCUUCCAUUCUUCGCAUGCUGUCCGCUUUCCUGGAUUCCCUGCAUCCCGGUCAGCCUUCCGUGUUCCAGUCAGGCCUGGCUAAUUACUUGAAUGAGCACAAGUACAACAACGCCGAAACGUCAGACUUGUGGGCGUCUCUCUCGGCCGCCUCGCAACAGCCCGUCGCUACCAUCAUGUCGGCUUGGACGGACAGCGAGGGCUUUCCGUUCGUGUCCGCCCAGCUCACCACGCCCAGCACGAUCGUUUUGACCCAGGAGCGCUUCUACCAAUACCCCCAGGCUGGCAACUCGACCAACACGCCUCAGGUGUGGUGGAUUCCGCUCAACUACCAGACCGACACGGAUGCCAACCCGGUCUCGUUCCCUAUGCCCCUUGUCCAGCAGUCCAAUCCUCUGGCUUUCAACUCGAGCUGGAUCAAGUUCAACGUUGGCCAGACUGCCGUUUGCCGCGUUCGCUACGAUUCGUCCCUGCUCCUCGCCCUCAAGAACACGCUCGCUGCCGAUCUCAACGCCCUCGCUCCGGUCGAUCGCGCCGGUCUGGUGGCUGAUACUCUGAGCUUUAUGCGCUCCCAGUACGUGACGCCCACCGAUGCGCUUCGUUUUACCAGCGUUCUUCAAAACGAAACCAACUAUGUCGUCUGGCAGGCCGCAGUGCGCUACCUGACCGUCUUUGAGCCGCUGCUGCGUCUGCAAGAGUGCUACGGCCAGUACCGUGCCUUCAUCCAGUCGCUUAUUCUCACCGCACUGAACGCCACUGGCGGCGUGCCUUCGGCGACUGUGCAGGAGGAUCCGCUGAAUGAUUCCCAGACUGACAUUUUGCUGCGCUCGCUUGCGAUCGACACUGCUGGCCGCUUUGGUCACCAGCCAACGCUGCAGGCCGCCCGUGCGCUCUUCUUUGCCGACCUGGCCGGGACUGUCACCAUCUCGUCCAACCUGCGUAGCGCCAUCUACAACGCCGCUAUGGCCAGCGACCAGACGGAUGACAACGACACUGUCUACCACAGCCUUAUUGUUCGUUACAUUGCCGAAGCAUCUAACCCAACCGAGCGAAACCGAAUCAUCGCAGCCAUGGCUCGCAGCUCCAAGCCAUACAUUCUGUACACUGUGUUGACAUGGACUCUGGAUCCUUCACUGGUUCGCGUGCAAGACGUCAUCAGCGUGGUUGUUGCCGUGGCAGCCGGCCAGCAGGGUUUGAAUCUCGCCUGGGACUUUUUCCAGCAAAACUUUGCCUUCUUCAACAGCAAGUUUGGUGAGCGCAUGGCGACGCUUGUGACCGGCGUCACCAAGGACUUUACCAUGCAGGCCAAUGCAGACGAAAUCAAUCAAUUCUUCCAGCUGCACCCGGUGGCCUCUGCCGCCCUUGCUGUGCAGCAAUCCACCCAGCGUAUUGCUUCCAACGAGGCGUGGAUUUCCAAGAACGCCGAUGAAACCUGCGGCUAUUUGUUUGCUGCUUAAUUUUAUGUUUCGCUUUUUUUUUUUUUUUUUUGUUGACCUUGCAUGAACUGCCACAAUACAUACAACCAUUUCAU